AUGGUCAAGUUUAAGCCGGCCCGGGAUGCGCUGGUCGGAAACCCCCGCCCUGCAUCCCAGCAGGCGAGACAGGCCGCGAUGGACUACAUUGACGACGAGCGCAAUCCCGUCGUGCUCGAUGAUGGGUGGGCCCCCAAAUACUACGUGGUCUACAACCUGCGAGGGCCCGAUGCGUACGGUAGGAAGUACGGCAUCUUCACGAACUGGAACGAUACCAAGGUCCAAACUGAAGGCUGCAAGAACAAAAACACUACUGCUUCGACUUUCGACCAGGCUAUGAAUCUUCUAGUAGAGGGGCUGGCCCUCGAGAUCGACGAUGGCUGUUUGUUGAAUUAUCCCCCGGUACAUGCAAGUCAAUCCACCGUACCCGCCCCUGCACCUGCGUCGGCGCCUGCCCCGGUCAAGCGGCCGAGGGAGGAGGAGCCCGAGCCUCACCCGGAGACUUCAGCUGCCUUUCUUGUUGACUUGCAUCGAUCUAAAAAGGUCAAACACGAGGAAAACUACCAAUCUGGUACACCUCAGUCACCAAUCAUAGUCGAGGAUGAUUCCGAUCAGGAGGCAACUGAAGAGGGGCAGAAUUUCCAUGAGGCCGCAAUUAAAGGGGAGGGGGCUUUUGAGGACGAGGAAGAAGCAAUGAGGGAAGCUGAGGGAUUUAUACCUCUCAGUGGCUACUCCAGUCAAACGAACGAGUAUAUCAAACGCGAAAAUGAUCGCCGGGGAGGCGGGGAAGACCCGCCAGUCGUAGAGGAGGCCCCAGAGCUUCCCCUCUGUCCUGAACAGCAGCACGCCCUGGAUCUCGCCAUGCAGGGCCACAAUCUCUUCAUCACUGGAUCCGGCGGCUGCGGCAAAUCAGUCCUGGUGAAGGCCCUCAGCAAGGCCUUCGACGCCCAGGAGAAGACCGUCUACCUCGUCGCACCCACGGGCCAGGCCGCCACAAACAUCAACGGCAGGACAACAUAUUCCUACGCUGGAUGGAGCACCACCGCCCCGGCGGAGACACUCAGGACCCUCAUCCAAGAGGCCCGUCGCAGGAGCGUGUGGGAGCGCAUCAUGAGUACCGACGUCCUCAUCAUCGACGAGAUCAGCAUGGUCGAGAGCGAGUUCUUCAACCGCCUCUCUGACGUCCUCAUCGCGCUCCGACGGGAAGCGUUUCUCCGCAGCUACCCCAAUGUCGUCGAAACCCAGACCGCGGAAUCGGUGGAGCGACCAUUCGGCGGCAUCCAGGUCAUCGCCGUCGGCGACUUUUGCCAGCUGCCCCCGGUGCUACCGUUCAGCUACUGCACUGAGGAGGUGGCGUAUGACCAAUUUGGCGGUACUUCGACGCCGUGUGGGAAGAUGGAUUUCGACAAGAAAGGCAACCUGCACUUCUGUCCUCGAAACAGGGAGCAUCCCAGCUUUCGGGAUAACGAAAAAUGGGCUUUCAACUCGCGGACCUGGGAACAGUGCAACUUCCAAUACAUCCAUCUAACCAAGAUCCAUCGACAAACCGAUGAGCGAUUCAUCACGAUGCUCCAGAACAUCCGCCUCGGCCAUACAACUGACGCCGAUCUUGACGUCCUGCUGCAACCUCGCCAAUUCAGGGAUGGCAUAGCCCUGUUCAGCCAUAAGCAGAAAGCCAAGGAUCACAACAACCGGGAGCUUAACAAGCUUCCCAGCCGACCAGAAAAAUUACUUUCCGUGGACUACCCUAGAGACCUUGGCGACAACAACGACAAGCACCGUUUCGACAAACAAUUGACCCUCAAGGCCGGCAUGCCGGUUGUGCUGCUGGCUAACCUCGACGUCGAGAAUGGUCUCUGCAAUGGCAGCCAGGGCAAGCUCCUCCGCUUCGUACGGACGCUGCACGAACACAACAAACCCAAAAUGCCCGAAGAGAAGAGUUACAAGGGAGACCACUACGCCUUCGAGCUCGCAUGCGCUAGAUACGACCAAAUGACCGACUACAUCAAUGGCGCAUCAGGCGUCGAGGGUUUCCCCGAAGUCAUAUUCGCAAACGGCCAGCGACGCGUCAUCGUGCCUUACUGCAACAUGCACGAUAUCGAAACAGCGAUGGAGCAAACCCCCCACGGGUCGAGGAAGGCCCUGACGGGGUACUCGGCGCGAACGCAAAUCCCCCUCGUCCCGGGCUGGGCCAUGACCAUCCACAAGAGCCAGAGCCUGUCGCUCGACCGCGUCAUCGUCAACCUGGAGGACGUCUGGGACGGGAGGCAGACGUACGUGGCCCUGAGCCGCGCGCGGUCGCUCGGCGGUCUCAAGGUCAUCGGGAACAAGGCCAAGAUGAGGAGGACGCUGCCGCUGGACCCCGAGGUGAGGAAGUUCAUGAGGGAGGUGGAGCACCGGGCGGCUACGGUGGCUACGGUAGACGAGGCGAGCUUUCAGUGCGACGGCAACCCUAUACAAUGCUCAGCAUGCAAGUACCGGGAGUCGGAUUGUGAAUACGUACACGCCCCGAAUAAUCGCAAACCCCCGAAGAAAGAAUACGUGGCUGCGCUGCAGGCUCGUGUGAAGAGUCUUGAGGCCGAACUCGCCCGAGUGCGGGGCUCCGGUGAGAGUGGUGACUUGGCCCCCGUUGCUGAUACCGAAUCCCGGGAAGCCGGCGACGAAGAUGAACGGAUGUCGCCGGAGUCUACGACCAGCCAUGGAACAUCUAGGACAAUGUCAGUGGCAAUGGAAGAAGUGACUGAUAUCCUCGGGCGCUUUGCCAUCGGGGACGGGGGAGAGCUCUGCUACUUUGGCUCCCGGAGCAAUUUGAACCUCUUGAGGAGCGCGACGAUCCGCUCAACGUCGAACAUCGAGAUGCAGCGCAGAGGCUACGAGGCGGCCAAGGCCCAAGUGGGACUCGUUGUAGCGUCUCAGGACCUUCAGACGCAGCUUUUGGAUUUAUUUUGGAAGUGGCAGAACUCUUGGCAGUACAUCGUUUGCAAGGCGCCGUUUCUACAGGAUCUGAGCAGCCAUCCGGGCAGCCCCUUUGGGCGAUUUUGUUCGCCUGCCCUGUUUUACACCAUCUUGGCACUUGCUUCGAGGUACACCGACGAUGUACGUGUCAGAACUGAUCCGAACGAUCCAAACACCGCGGGAGACGCGUUUGCGGCCCAGGCCCGGGUGAUGCUGCACUAUGAGUGUGAAGCGCCAAACCCGACCACCGUCCAGGCUUUGGCCUUGACGUGCUUGCGCGAGAUGGCCGUCGACAAGGAGGCCCUUGGGUGGAUGUACUGCGGCAUGUGUGUGCGCAUGGCUAUGAACUUGGGGAUGCACCUAGACUGCUCGUCGUGCCUCUCGGAGGGAACACUCAGUGCCGAAGAGGCUGAGGUGAGGAACGUGACAUGGUGGGGAUGCUACGUGCUUGACAAGCUCUUCAACAUUGGUCUGGGGAGGCCGUCCAUGGUUCAGGCGCGGGAUGUCACAGCUGAACUGCCGAGCACCUGCUGCGUGGAGGAGCUGGAACCAUGGCAAGGGGUAUCAAGUCUAGUCAAUCCCAUUUCGAUCGCUGCGUCUCACAGUAUCACAAAUGCUAUCUUUACCUGCAAACUCUUCGGCGCCAUGGGCGACAUUCUUGACGCUAUGUAA